AUGGUACUGUCUACGAUUGAUGAGAUUGCUAUAGAGCCGGACAAGAAGGUCGACUACUCCGAUAGAACUACAAUUGAUAUCAAGUCGGAGUCCGUCGGAUACGAAGAGGCUCCGUCAAUACUAGAAUGGAGCGAGGCGGAGGAGAAGGCAAUCAGGCGGAAGAUAGACUGGCACACUGUCCCGUUGACGACAGUACUCUACCUUCUUUGCUUUCUCGAUCGUUCGAACAUCGGAAACGCGAGGAUUCAGGGCAUGGCCAAGGACAUCAACCUCGAGGGAUUCCGAUUCAACUGGGUUUUGUCGAUAUUCUACAUUGUCUACCUCUUUGUUGAGGUUCCGAGCAAUAUCGUACUUAAGCGGGUAGGACCGCGAUUCUACCUGCCAUUUCUUGUUGUCGGAUUUGGCGUUGUCUCAUUAUGCACAGCCUUUGUCAAAACCUACGAAGGAUUAGCAGCAGCACGGGCGUUCUUGGGAGUCUUUGAGGGAGGCGCCAUGCCAGGAUUCUCAUUUUUCCUGAGCAGCUUCUAUCGAAGAGAGGAGUUGUUGCUUCGGAUCGGAAUUUUGAUCUCAUCAGCAUCUCUCUCGGGCGCAUUUGGUGGUCUUCUCGCAACAGGCCUAUCUCGAGUGCCGGAGUGGGGGUUUGACAGCAUGCCGAUACACACCUGGCGCAACAUCUUCUUCUUCGAGGGCUUCGUGACGAUUUUGAUCGGGCUAUUUGCGCCGUUGUGGAUGCCGACAAAUCCAGCCACUGCCUAUUUUCUCACCGAUCGAGAACGAGCCAUCGCCGUCGAGCGUCUUCAGCGAGAGCACAAGUCUGAUGCCAACGAGCCAGUCAGCCUCGACCAUGUCAAGAGGGCUGUCUUCUGUAUUCACAACUACACGUGCGCUUUCGGCUUCUUCCUCAUCAACAUCACUGUGCAGGGAAUCUCGGUCUUCAUGCCGACGAUAUUGAACGACCUGGGCUGGACAGCGACAAAGGCGCAGCUGAUGUCUGUACCGCCAUACGUCGUCGCCUGCGCGUCAGCGGUUCAGCGCUGCCGCCAAAGCAAAUAA